UAAUUAAAUAAUGUCCACCAGACGCUUAGCCAAGUCCCUGUAUCGACAGCUAUUGCGGGAAGCUGAAAAAUUACCUUCAUAUAAUUUCAGAUUGUAUGCCAUUCGUAAAAUACGCGACACAUUCCAAACUAAUAAGACCAUCAAUGAUUUUCAACAAAUCGAUAUGGAGAUUGCCACAGCCAAACAGAGUUUGGAAAUGCUAAGAAGACAGGCCAUCAUUGGACAUCUAUAUUCGGCAGAAAAAUUGGUUAUCGAAAACAAGAAGAGACUAAAACACUCGGAUGAUUAAAA